AUGGGAUACUACCCGCUGUACCUCCUGGCGCAGUGCGCGUUCGCGCCGGUGUUUGUGUUCGCGGACGUGACGUACAACGGCCCGAUCGCGACGGCGUGGCACGGAUUGCUGACCACGACGCUGUCGCAGGCGUGGUUCCCCGCGCACGCGGAGCUCUGGAACGCGCCCACGUGGUUUUUAUCGGCGCUCACCUUCGCCACGGUGUGCCUCCCCUUUGCGCUUCCCGCGAUCGCGAGUUGGCGCAAAAAGGGACUCAAACGGGCGAUGUGGAUCCUCACCGCGGUGUCCGUGCUCGCGAAAGUGGCGUACUCGUACGACACGAACGGGUGGUUCUUCAUGGAGGGCACGAUGUCGCCUAAGUCGCACCCGAGCUGGCUGUUCUGGAACUCGAUACGGUUCUCGCCCUUCGCGGCGCUCGUGGAGAUUCUCAUCGGGUGCGUCGCCGCGAGGCUCGUGAUGGUCAAGGAGUGCAAGGCGGAGGACGACCCAGACGGCGUCGGCGCGAGCGACGCCGCCAAGCUGGUGCUGGGCGGGUCGAACGGGCUCGCGGCGCAGUCGCCGGCGAUUCCGGCGCUGGGGAUGGCGAUCGUCAUCGUCGCGAGGGCCUUCGGUUGGCUCACGCUGAACGACGCCCUGACCCGCGGGCUGAUCUUCAUCCCGCUGUUCACCGCGUUCGUCAUGCGCGUGCACAGGCAGACGGUGUACGCGGAUCUCCCCAACGCGAACCGGCCGGGAUACAACUCCUUCUCGAAGGCGCUCGGCGCCAAGUGGCUCACGUACCUGGGCGCGAUAUCCUUCCCGAUUUACAUCCUGCACGGCCCCAUCGGCCAGAUCUUCUACAAGCGCGUGGUGGCGCAGAAACUGUGGGGUAAGGUGUUCACCGCCGAUCCGUGGUUCUUCCCGGUGUACCUGGCCAUCGUGCUGGUCGCCGCGGCGCUGACGCACGAGCUGUUCAUGAAGAACAAGGACGUCCAGGGGUGGUUCCAGGCCAAGGGGCGGGAGCUCGCGGCGGCGUUCUGA